AUGAGCAGCAGACCACCGCCUCUCUCUCACUCGUAUUCGUCGCCUAAGCUGGGUGCGGCGGCCAUCUACAGCACGAGCUCUCCUUCAGGGUCUCCGCGGCCAUACUUUGCUCAGCACUUGCCAGGUGCAAUGUCGCCGUAUCGUGAUGCCUCUGCCCGCUAUGCACACCUGGGAAGCCCCAGAAUAAGCUCGCUCAGCAGAGAUGCCACCGCCGCUCUCAAGGGGAGCAAUUACCCGACCUCUUCUUCUCGACCAACUUCUCCAACGCCAGGCUCUCGUUCGCCCUCUCCCAGCAGCGAUAGCGAUCGCUCCAGCAGAUCCUCUUCGCCCGGACUACACGCGCAUGCGGACAAUGGCGACCGCCCCGACCGACCCCUUCUCACUCGAGGCGAUUCGUCCAGUCGCAGGGAUCUUCACCCUGAAUCGUAUCACGACGAUCCCUCAGCCGCUGCAGUACCAAAUAUCAUUGACUCUCCAAGGGGCCUCAAGCGUGUUCAUCAAUUGCAGCCUAUCGACACCAAAGGUGAGUCUGACUUCCAAGAUCUCGUCCUCCCGUUGAGCCAUCUGCUGCCCUUGUUCCUACGUUUCGACGUCAACAUCGCGGCCCUCUUGUCCAGCACCACAACAAUUGCCGACGGCAUCCCCGACUCCGCCUCUUUCUUUGAAUGA